AUGUACCUCAAUACCCUUCACUUGGGUCUCGCAGCGAGUGCUUCUUUUUUCCCAGGCGCAGGAAACUCUUUCGGCAGACCCAAUCAAAAUGCCACCUACGAUUACGUUAUUGUGGGAGGAGGCACAGCUGGACUUGCAGUCGCCAUGAGACUUGCAGAAGAUAGCUCUUACACGGUCGCUGUAGUUGAAGCUGGUGGUUUCUAUCAGAUCGAGAAUGACAAUCAAAGCGUCGUCCCAGCAUACAACCCGGAGUUUGCAUCACUUUACGAUCCUACAGCAAAUCCAACCGUGGACUGGGGAUUUGUGACCACUCCCCAACCCGGCGCAAACAAUCGAUCGCUGCAUUACGCUCGUGGAAAAACACUUGGUGGAAGCUCGGCUCUGAACGCAAAUAUCUACAAUCGCGGGACGCGAGGUUCUUAUCAUCAAUGGGCUGAGAUUGUUGGAGAUGACUCGUAUCUGCUUGAAAAUUGGCUGCCAUACUACGCCAAAGGAACAAAUUACACCCCUCCCAACACCGAUCUCAGAGCGGCAAAUGCCAGCGUACCAACUCCUGUCAAUGUAUCUUCUCUGUACAGCGGCGGCCCAGUCCAUAUUUCUUACAGCAAUUAUGCAUUACCAUUCACCAGCUGGGUAAAGCUAGCUUUCGAAUCUUUUGGAUUCCAGAAUGUUUCCAGCUUCAGCGACGGCUGGCUUCUAGGAGCUCAGUAUGCCCCUUCUGUGUUGAGGCCGGACUCGAAUCAGAGAGAGACAUCUGAAACAUCCUAUCUGGAAGCGGCUUUCGCGAGUGGUCGAUCGAACUUACAAGUGUACACUCACACGCUUGGAUUGCAAAUCCUGUUCUCAGAAAACAAGACGGCUGCGGGUGUAAAAGUCAGAACUGGGACCACAGAUUAUGUUCUGUCGGCAAGAAAAGAGGUCAUAUCAAGCGCAGGGGCUUUCCAGUCUCCGCAGCUCUUAAUGGUGUCUGGAAUCGGACCAGCGGACAUACUUGCUCAGCACAACAUUACCGUCCUUGCGGAUCGUCCUGGUGUAGGCCAGAAUAUGUGGGAUCACAUCGAUAUCGAAGUGACCUACAAAGUCGGUGUUGAUGGUUUCAAUACUCUUGCCAACUUGACUUACGCCGCGCAACAAGCAGACUUGUUCCACAGUGAGCCGGCAAGCUCCAUCUAUGGUAACUACGGUGCGGAUUUCAUAGGAUGGGAGAAGUUACCGGGGCCGUACAGAUCCAAUCUUUCUAGCUCCGCUGUGAACGAGCUCGCAGAAUUUCCUGCAGACUGGCCUGAGAUCGAAUACGAGAUUGCCUCUGUUGUCAUGUCCGGCAUUGAAGGAGAUUACAAUGGCUACGGGACCUUUGUGGUGGUCCCUGUCACGCCCAUUUCUCGUGGCAACAUAACGCUCCAAACGAGUUCAAUGCUCGAUCCGCCAAUCAUUAACCCUAACUGGCUCACUUCUGAAACGGACCAAGAACUCGCUCUUCAAGCUGUGAAGAGGGGAAGAGAAAUAAUAUCUUCUUCUACUAUGCAGCCUGUCUUGAUUGGUGCCGAAUACGCCCCGGGACAGACAGUCCAAACGGAUGACGAGAUCAAUGAAUACAUCCGCAACAACUUUUUCAUGAACUGGCAUGCGGCCUGUACAUGCAGAAUGGGGCAGGAGAAUGAUACAAUGGCAGUGGUAGAUUCGAAGGGUAGAGUGAUUGGGGUUAAUUCAUUGAGGGUUAUUGAUGCAUCUGCAUUUGCACUUCUGCCUCCUGGACAUCCAGUUUCGACAACCUAUGGACUGGCGGAGAAACUAAGUGCAGAUAUUAUUGCGGAUCGAAGAUCUGAGAUCUAG